UUGGCUUUGCCCUCCUCCACCAGGCCUGCUGCAGCUUCUUCCCAGCUAGUGGAAUCCCAGGUGCAAAUUGACUCACCCCGCCUCCCCAGAGAUAACACCUUGGCCCCUAUUUUGUAGGCUGGUAUACAGUAACUCCCCCUCCAUAAAAAGACCUAACAUGUGUGCUAAGCAGGCUGCCCUGCUUAAGGGGCUUUGGCACGUUUUUUAGUUGGUCCUAGCAACUGGAUUGUUUCCGCCUGUUACUACAUCCGUGAAGUGUAGGGACCAUCCUAAGAAUCCCCAGGUUGUGUUUGAAUGAAACCACUUCUCUGCAUGUUCCUCAGAUGUCUCAUGGACAUAGUGACGCCUACCUCAGUGGGCUCAGAUGCUGAGAAGAAAUUAGUCAUCACCUGUAACCUCAAACCCAAGCAUCAAGUCUCUAAGCCCUGGGGCUUGUCUGCAGGGAUGCCAAGGUGCCCCACCACCCCCUUCCCUCCCAGAUCCCACAACCUCCCCUACUGCAUUGAGACAAUGAAGGGAGACACCAGACAACUCAAUGGAGAGGAGGACGCCAGCGGGAGGGAAGACUCCAUCGUCACCAACGGGGCCUGCAGCGACCAGUCCUCUGACUCCAAGGACGCUCCCUCGCCCCCCAUCCUGGAGGCUAUCAGCACCCCGGAGAUCAGAGGCCGAAGAUCCAGUUCAAGGCUGUCUAAGAGGGAGGUGUCCAGCCUGCUAAGCUAUACUCAGGAUUUGACGGGCGAUGGAGAUGAAGGGGAGGAUGGAGACGGCUCCGAUACUCCAGUGAUGCCAAAACUUUUCCGUGAAACCAGGACUCGAUCUGAAAGCCCAGCUGUCCGAACCCGAAACAGUGCCUCCAGCUGGGAGAGGCACAGGCCCUCCCCACGUUCCACCCGAGGCCGGCAGGGCCGCCAUCACGUGGAUGAGUCCCCAGUCCCAGUGGAGUUAUCAACUACCACCAGGUCUCUGCGGCGACGGACAGUGUCCUCAGCAAGCACACCGUGGCCGUCCCCCUCUGUCCCCUACCUCACCAUCGAUCUCACAGAGGACGACGUGGUUCCCCAGAGCAGCAGCACCCCAUACACCCGCUUGGCCCAGGACAGCCAGCCAGAAAGCCUGGAGUCCCCACAGGUGGACGUAGAGGGUCGAGAUGCAGACAGCACCGAGUAUCAGGAUGGGAAGGAGUUUGGAAUAGGGGACCUUGUGUGGGGAAAGAUCAAGGGCUUUUCCUGGUGGCCUGCCAUGGUGGUAUCUUGGAAAGUCACCUCCAAGCGUCAGGCCAUGUCUGGCAUGCGAUGGGUCCAGUGGUUUGGUGACGGCAAGUUCUCAGAGGUCAGCGCAGAUAAGCUCGUGGCCCUGGGAUUGUUCAGCCAGCACUUUAACCUCGCGACCUUCAAUAAGCUGGUUUCCUACCGAAAGGCCAUGUAUCAUGCACUGGAGAAAGCAAGGGUGCGGGCUGGCAAGACAUUCCCCAGUAGCCCUGGAGACUCACUGGAGGAUCAACUGAAGCCGAUGCUCGAUUGGGCACAUGGGGGCUUCAAACCCACCGGGGUUGAGGGCCUCAAACCCAACAACAACCAAACAGUGCUUAAUAAGUCGAAGUUGCGUCGUGCAGGCAGUGGGAGCUUAGAAUCAAGGAAACACGAGAACAAGACCCGAAGACGCACAGGGGAUGACUCAACCACCUCUGAGUACUGCCCCCCACCCAAGCGCCUCAAGACAAACUGUUAUAACAAUGGCAAGGACCGAGGAGAGGAAGACCAGAGUCGAGAGCAAAUGGCUUCAGAUGUUACCAACAACAAGAGCAACCUAGAAGAUAGCUGUUUGUCCUGUGGUAGGAAAAACCCUGUGUCCUUCCACCCUCUCUUUGAGGGUGGGCUCUGCCAGACUUGCCGGGACCGCUUCCUUGAGCUGUUCUACAUGUACGAUGAUGACGGUUACCAGUCCUACUGUACUGUGUGCUGCGAGGGCCGUGAGCUGCUGCUCUGCAGCAAUACCAGCUGCUGCCGGUGCUUCUGCGUGGAGUGCCUGGAGGUGCUGGUGGGCACGGGUACGGCAGAGGACGCGAAGCAGCAGGAGCCCUGGAGCUGCUACAUGUGCCUCCCGCAGCGCUGCCACGGUGUGCUGCGUCGCCGCAAGGACUGGAGCGUGCGCCUGCAGUCCUUCUUCACCAGUGACCCGGGGCUCGAAUACGAGGCCCCCAAGUUAUACCCCGCGAUUCCUGCAGCCCGAAGGCGACCUAUUCGAGUCUUGUCCCUGUUUGAUGGAAUUGCGACAGGAUACUUGGUCCUUAGAGAAUUGGGCAUUAAAGUGGAGAAGUACAUCGCCUCCGAAGUCUGUGAAGAGUCCAUUGCUGUUGGAACCGUUAAACAUGAAGGCAACAUCAAAUACGUGAAUGAUGUCAGGAACAUCACAAAGAAAAAUAUUGAAGAAUGGGGCCCCUUCGACUUGGUGAUUGGUGGGAGCCCAUGUAAUGAUCUCUCAAAUGUGAAUCCUGCCAGGAAGGGCCUGUAUGAGGGCACUGGCCGGCUCUUCUUUGAAUUUUACCACCUGCUGAAUUACACACGCCCCAAGGAGGGUGAUGACCGACCCUUCUUUUGGAUGUUUGAGAAUGUGGUAGCCAUGAAGGUCGGUGACAAGAGGGACAUCUCACGAUUCCUGGAGUGCAAUCCAGUCAUGAUCGAUGCCAUCAAAGUAUCUGCUGCUCACAGGGCCCGAUACUUCUGGGGCAACCUACCUGGGAUGAACAGGCCCGUGAUAGCAUCAAAGAAUGAUAAACUCGAGCUGCAGGACUGCUUGGAGUUCAAUAGGACAGCAAAGUUAAAGAAAGUACAGACAAUAACCACCAAGUCGAACUCGAUCAAACAGGGGAAAAACCAACUUUUCCCUGUUGUCAUGAAUGGCAAAGAAGAUGUUUUGUGGUGCACUGAGCUAGAAAGGAUCUUCGGCUUUCCCGUACACUACACUGAUGUGUCCAACAUGGGUCGCGGUGCCCGCCAGAAGCUGCUCGGGAGGUCCUGGAGUGUGCCAGUCAUCCGACACCUCUUCGCCCCCCUGAAGGACUACUUUGCCUGUGAAUAGUUGCCCAGGCAGGCAGGGGUGCCUGGGGCCCUGGGUGUGCCAGGGCAAGCCAGUACCCAGGAGGUGCCGCCUGGGCCACGCCUUUCGUCAGCUCAGCUGUGUGGUGUCACAUGGGAGCAAGCGCCCUGUGUCCAUCCUGGCCGGGGCGGCCGAGGUGCCACCUCCUUGUGCACAACUCAGACCUGGCUGCUUGGAGCAGCCAGACAUGGUGCUCAUUUUGUCUUCUAAAACUUUAAAACUUGAAGUAGGUAGUAAGAUGGCUUUUUUUUCCCUCCCGGGUUUUACUGCUCAGUCACGAUGGCUAAGAUACCAAAACCACAGUGCCGACAGCUCUCCAGCACUCAGGUUCACGCUGAAAAAGUCAACCAAGACAGUUAUUGCAAGACUUUAAGUUUUUUAAAAUGUCUGCAUUUUUUAAAUGUCUGCGACCCCUUGUUUCCUGGAGCAGGCAGUAGUAACCGGUAAAGGAACAACUUCAGACCCAGGAUGCUUUUUUUCCUGGGGCGAGCAGAAGAGGAAAUGAUGUCUAUGUCUGCCUUGAAUUUCCCUCAAGUAGUUCCCCUUGCCUCAGUAUAAAGGGCUGCGAUGCAAUGUCCAGCCCCAUUGAGAGGCGUUUCCACAGUGAUGAUGAUUUCAGCAGGGAUGAUGUCAUCAUCACAUUCAGGGCUAUUUCUUCCCCCAGAUAGAAGGUCAGGGCCACUCUUAGCUGAAACCCUCCCAGUGACUGCAAUAGACCCCUCUGGGGAGCUCAGGAAGGGGUGGGGUGGGGUGGUAGGAGAUGCCAGGUGUUAUACAAUAGAUGGGUGUGGCUUCUCAUUGUCUCCUUCCCCAAGUGACUUGGAGUGAAGGAGGCUUAGAUAAGGACCCCUCCCCACCCCCUACCCCCCUACAAGGCACCCUCCAGACCUCCAGGCACAGGUCCCCAAAUUAUGACAUCCUAAUUCCUCAGCCUUUUUCUAAACUGAGAAGCAGUGACAGCCAGGGCCAGAAGCACAUUCCUCGCACUUUCCCCUCAUCUAAGAGAUUGUAGGGGGAAAACUGCAAUAAAAGCCGACCAUCCCUCCAGAGAUUUUAAAAUCCUUUUAUAUUCCACGAUGUUGUUUUUAAGGGGCAUGGGAGGUCGGACAAGCUGCAUUUCAGAAAUGCUGCUGUAAUGGUUUUAACACCUUUUACUCUUACUGGUGCUAUUUUGUACAAUAAGGAACAAAGUCAAGUUUCGUGGAGUUUUUUUUACAUAUUUUUUUUUAACUCAGACUUCUAUUUUUAUGUUUAAACAUUUUCAUAAAAAGUUUUUUGUAACUGGAGCCACGUAACAAAUAUGGGGAAAAAUUGUGCCUUGUCUCAACAGUUUUGCUAAUUUUUAGGCUGAGAGAUGACGGAUGCCUAAAGUUUACCUUAUGUUGAAUUAAAAUCAGUAUUUCU